AUGGCUAUGGCUGAAAAGAAAAACGAAUAUCCCCCGGGAGUGGAAGCCGACAGACGACUGCUACCAUUCGAAACAUGGGAGGACUAUUUAGAUUCACUUAUAGAAAUUGCUGAUUUGCGAAAUCUGAGGAGUAUUGCAUCCGCUCGGAUUAUCGCUGCACUCGGUUAUAGAGCCACAGGUGAUACUCUAUCUGAGAAGGAAUUUUACGCUAGACGCGCUGUUAUUCACAACAUUGUGUACCCAGUAAUAAGGCCAUAUGUUCUCGUGAGUGAAGGAGCUGAUUUACAAGACCCGUUUAAAAGGGAAAUGGCGAUAAGGGAACGUGCGAACAGAAUUGGCAUAUUGCAGUCAAUUAUUUUCAUACGUCAUUUUACGAAAAGCGGUUUUGAAAUAUCUGGAUACAUUGAUUACGCCCAUCGGUUGAUUACCGAAGAUUGGGGGCCGUUUUUUAAAACAAAAAAGAUGCUUUGGCCCAAAGAUAGUGACCUUGGUUAUUACCAUUGGCGACAUGGAACGGUGAGGAGCAACAUCAGCCGUAAUUACAAGCCUUUAAUGGAUCCUGAUGAUGGAUUGUUGUUUCAAAAUCGUCACGAUCAUAAAAUAAUUUUUCCGAAUCCUGAACAAGAUCCCGGACAAAAUACUACAAAGAAACGCGUGUACUCUCCUAUGUACACUCAAAUCGAAAUUUAUGAUCACGUGGUGAGAAAAAAGACAUAA